UGUACACAGAUGUUCCAGCCGUGUCUCUUGACUUAAGCCUUUGGGAAUAUUUUCAGGAAAAACAUGCCCAUGGAGCCGAUGAAGCUUACUUCUGUGGCGGCACUUUGGUCUGAAUACAGCACCACGUCCCUGCCAGCGGCUCCAUCAGAGUCUCCGACCUCUGCAGAGUGGGAGGUUGUCCAGACGGUCAUUCCCCCGUACAUCUUCAUCCUGUGCCUGAUAGGUCUUCUCUUUAACGGCUUUGUCCUGGCAGUGUUUGUAGCCCAAAGGGAUCGACUGACUGUAGCAGAGAUCUAUCUGGGCAACCUGGCACUGGCCGACUUCACUCUGCUGUGUGGCCUUCCUUUCUGGGCAAUAAACAUACUCAACGGCUAUAACUGGCCAUAUGGAGACACCCUAUGCAAACUGGUCAACUCCAUCAUCAUCAUCAAUUUCUACACCAGCAUCUACACCAUGGUCAUGAUUAGCGUUGACCGCUACCUAGCCCUCGUACAGACAAUGAAGGCCAGGUGGCUGAGACGGACACGUUAUGCCAAGGUGGCCUGCCUCUUCCUGUGGAUAUUAGGAGUUCUACUGAGUACUCCGACCAUGAUUCACAGAAAGGUAAAGUUCCUCGAGGAUUACGAGAUAACGUCCUGUGUACUGGAUUACUCCCAUGAUGUCUCAUGGAAGUUUGCUCAUCAGAUCCUGAUGAACAUUGUCGGCUUUGCCCUGCCUGUUCUGAUCAUUGUCUUCAGCAGUGGAAACAUCAUCAACGCUUUGGCUCAGAGGAGGCAGAGUGUAGGUUUUCAUGACGCUGAUGAUAGAAAAGCCACAGUACUUGUGUAUUCUGUCACGCUGCUCUUCUUACUUUGUUGGGGCCCCUUCCAGAUAAUCACCCUCCUCGACACCCUGUGUGACUUCCAGGUUUUGGACGAGUCGCUGUGGUUUCACACUCUCGAUAUAGGAGGUCAGGUUUCAGUGUAUCUGGCCUUUCUCAACAGUGCUCUCAACCCACUGCUCUAUGUGUUCUCAGGGCAGUACUUUAGGAGGAAAGUUAUCGCCAUCUACAGGAGGAGAAGGCAUCAUCACAGAGGAUCAGAUCAGACCACAUAUCAACGCUCUGUUGUCUCCACUUACAUUAACAGAGCGGACCAAAUUAAGCCUGUGGUCAUUUUUUAUAAAUAAGAUCAGAUGAGAUCCUUACUUAUGCUGCUAAUGGGUAAAAUGAUACAACUUACAUGAUAUGAAUCAGAUUCAUUGAUACUUAUGACAAUAUGGGUAAAGAGCAUUAUCAGGGGAUAUUUAAUACUGUGCUUUUAUGUACACAAUAAUGGAUGUAAUAUGUAGGGGAAAUGACUGUGUGUAUUCUAAAGAGAAACACAAAACCUGAUUUAUCUAAAAUACUAUUUAGAGUUUGUCUUUUGCCACAUAUUAGGCUCAUAUAGAAGAAUAUUCACCCAUGUACUUUGUGUACUAUUGAAUUCUCAAUUCACCUGAUAUAGUGAAAUGAAAGUUUACUGCAGUUUCUCUUGACAGUAUCUCCAUCUAUCACUUGAUUUGUGUGUAUUACUGGGGUACUUUCUAUGAGCAACUCAAGGGAAUACACAAUCUUCUUUAAUGAAUAUAAAUACUGAUUUUGAAAGCACAAAGUAAGGCAUUCAGUGACCUGCGUUUAAAAACAGCUGACUUAAUUAAUAAAUUUAUCUAGUACGUUGACUUCUUCAGAUAUGAGGUGAUGACUUUUACGCAGACGACAGCAACUUCAUAUUUGGUUUGCAGGAAUAAUAGAAGCCUUUUUUAUUACUUCAAGGAUAUCAUGAUAUUCUUAAUAAUCUGAUAACAUCACUUUGAUCACAUGUAGCCUAUCUAUUACUGCUCAACUAUGAUAACAGGUUAUUUUUAGCUAUAUCCAGUCCAGGAGAACCUGUCCCUUAUGAUUCAGCAGUUAACAGUAGCAACUUUGUGAGUCAGAGGAAGUUUUCCCACUGAGCUUGUUCACUUUCUCUUUUAAAACUUGCCUGUAAUGAAUCAUAACUAUCACCGUUUUGGUGCUUUUCCAAAUAUUCAAAGGCAAACCAUUUGUAUGAUUAUAAUCACCAGGAAAAGACUCUUGACCUUGGAGAUUUACUGACUUUCAUCAAGCACGACCCCGAUAUCUCCACGUCAUUAGAGAACACUGACUGCAAUUCUGUCAUCAUUCUGUUUAGCUAUUUUGAGAUAAGCUCAUGCAAUAAAUUGUAUGUGUGUGUGUGUGUGUGUGUUACCAUACCAGCAUGUUAAAAUUGGUGCUAUAACGACAAAAUAAUUGAAUUGACUGUUCUCUCUCUCUGUUUAGCUAAACUAUAAACAAAUAAUGCCAAAGAAACAUUUUACAGCAAACGUUUUAGGA